AUGUGUUUCUCAGGUGUCUCUCCUUCAGUCUCUCUGAUCAUCAUUCCCAACAGAACUCAACACUUCACAUCUGACUUUCUCUCUCUGAGCUGUGAGGAUCAGAGCAACUCUACUGGAUGGACAGUGAGAAGAUACACAGACAGUGGAAAGCUGCAAGGUUGUUCAUCGAUAUACUGGGGAUCACAAUCAGGAUCUACAUGUAGAAUCAGUCCCGUCUACACAUAUCACAUUGGAGUGUACUGGUGUUACUCUGAAUCUGGAGAGAACAGUAAUCCUGUUAAUAUCACAGUACACUUAAGUGCACAUUUCCUCUGUUCUGUGGAUGGUGAUGUGAUUCUGGAGAGUCCUGUUCAUCCUGUGACUGAAGGAGAUUCUCUGACUCUACGCUGUUUACAUCGAUUUAAAAAUCCAUUAGUCCUCACAGCUGAUUUCUAUAAAGAUGAAUCCCUCCUCCAGAAGAAGACUACUGGAGAGAUGAUCAUCCCUACUGUCUCAAAGUCACAUGAGGGUUUCUACUACUAUAAACACACAGAGAGAGGAGAAUCACCCAAGAUCUGGAUCUCAGUCAGAGUGUCACAUUCAGAAGUUCAGAGUUCUGUCCUUAACAUGUUGAGUUCUCUACUGGCAGCUUGUCCAUAUCUGCUAUUGACCAUCAUACUGAUUUUUAAAUGCUGUAGAGUGAGAGGUAAAACAUCUGUCUCUUUUCCUCGGUGUAUCUUUUACCUACAAAUACAAAUACACAACACUAUAUUGUGGGGAGACUGGGGUUAG